AUGGAGUCAACUGCUUUGAAUGGGAGAAUGGCCCAAUGGCAGAUCUUACUGUCUGAAUUUGAUAUUGUUUAUGUGAGCCAGAAGGCUGUGAAAGGGAGUGCAAUUGCUGACUUUCUAGCUAGUAGAGCUCUGGAGGACUACGAGCCGUUGAGUUUUGAUUUUCCAAAUGAAGACCUGAUAUGUAUAGCGGCUAUUGAGGAAAAUCCCCAAGAAGGUCACGGUUGGAGGUUAAACUUUGAUGGAGCCUCGAAUGCUGUGGGUAAUGGAAUUGGGGCAGUCCUAAUGUCCCCGAAUGGUGAUCAUUAUCCUUUUACUUGCAAAUUGGAUUUUGAUUGUACAAACAACAUGGCAGAAUACGAAGCGUGCAUCAUGGGUAUUCGUGCAGCUAUAGAGCGGAAAAUCAAAGUGCUAGAGGUCUAUGGAGAUUCAGCAUUGGUGAUAUAUCAGCUCAGGGGUGAAUGGGAAACGAGAGAUCCCAAAUUAAUCAGUUAUCGAAAGUUGGUCCUCGAAUUGAUUAAGGAGUUUGAGGACAUCACUUUUUUCUAUCUUCCACGAGAUGAGAACCAGAUGGCAGAUGCACUAGCUACUUUAGCCUCCAUGAUCAAGUUGAACAGACAUGAGGAUAUGAAGCCUAUCCAAAUGAGUACCUAUGAAGACACGGCUCAUUGUUACAAUAUUGAAUAA